GAACAGAUAAGAUGGCCUUCAUUGCAGCUCUGGGGAUCUUGAUGGCUGGGAUCUGUCCUGCUGUCCUCUGCUUCCCAAAUGGCACAUUGGGAAGGAACACUGCAGUCCAAGAAGACCAAGACAACGGGACACAAGUGGACAGUCUCACACUGGCCUCCAUCAACACUGAUUUUGCUUUCAGCCUUUACAAGGAGCUGGCUUUGAAGAAUCCAGAUAAAAAUAUUGUCUUCUCCCCACUUAGUAUCUCAGCUGCCUUGGCCAUUGUGUCCCUGGGAGCAAAUGGCAACACCUUGCAAGAGAUUCUAGAAGGUCUCAAGUUCAAUCUCACAGAGACCCCUGAAGCAGACAUCCACCUGGGCUUUAGGCACCUCCUACACAUGCUCAGCCAGUCAGGGAAGGAGGAACAGAUCAACAUAGGCAGUGCCAUGUUUAUUGAAAAGCACCUGCAGAUCCUGGCAGAGUUCCAGGAGAAGGUAAGGUCUCUGUACCAGGCUGAGGCCUUCACAGCAGACUUCCAGCAAGCUGAUGAGGCCAGAAAGUUCAUCAAUGACUAUGUGAGGAAAGAGACCCAGGGGAAGAUCCAGGAACUGCUCUCAGACCUGGAUGAGAGGACAUCUAUGGUGCUGGUGAAUUAUAUCUACUUUAAAGGCAAAUGGAAGAUGCCCUUUGACCCCCGUGUCACAUUAAAGUCUGAGUUCUACUUGGAUGAGAAAAGGUCUGUUAAGGUGCCCAUGAUGAAAAUUGAGGACCUGACCACACCCUACUUCCGGGAUGAGGAACUGUCCUGCUCUGUGGUGGAGCUGAAGUACAUAGGAAAUGCCAGCGCCCUGUUCAUCCUCCCUGACCAGGGCAGGAUGCAGCAAGUGGAAGCCAGCUUGCAACCAGAGACCCUGAGGAAGUGGAAGGACUCUCUGAGGCCCAGGAAGAUCGAUUUGCUUUACCUGCCCAAGUUCUUAGUCUCCACUGACUACAGCCUGGAGGAUGUCCUUUCAGAGCUGGGCAUUAAGGAAGUCUUCUCCACACAGGCUAAUCUGAGUAGGAUCACGGGGACCAAAGACCUGAGUGUCUCUCAAGUGGUCCACAAGGCUAUGCUGGAAGUGGCUGAGAAAGGCACAGAAGCAGCUGCUGCCACAGGAGUCAAGUUUGUCUUUCGUAGUGGCAGAGUACCAACGAUGACUGUGAGGUUUGACAGGCCAUUCCUCAUGGUUGUCUCUCACACAGGUGUUGAGUCUAUCCUCUUUAUGGCCAAAGUCGCCAACCCCAAUUGAACCUAAAGCUCUCAAGUUCUGAUGAUUCUGCCCAGGACCCUGAGACAGAGCCUGCAUGUAGAUCUCUGUGUACUUCUUGGAAAUCAUGCUCUGAUCGACUGUUGGA